AUGUCACUUUUGUCUCCUUCACAGGUUGUUCUACAGAGCAGUGUCCGCUGUGUCCUCCUGUUUUACACAGUGUACUACGUGUCUCUGAGCUUGUGCAGCCUGACACUCAAGGUGUAUGAGUUGGAUGUCCCGGCAUCAUUUGAUUUCAAAACAAACCCCUCAUAGCUGGAUACAAAUUAUAAAGGGUUGUUUUUUGCUCUGGUUGUAGAAGAAUGUGUUUGGGAUUAUGCUAUUUCUGUAACUAUUCUUCAUGUUGUCAUCACUUCUACAAUUAUGUUGGAGUUCCCCUCAGCAUCACAUUGGUGGGCUGCCUUAGAUAUGUUGGAAUUGCUCUAG